AUGCUGACUGGCCUUGAAAAACAAUCUCUUUGUAUUAAAGUGCAAAAACAUCCCAAUAUUACGUUGGAGACAUUAGCAAUCGAGUUCGGAAUAAAACCCAACACCGUUCAUGAUAUUCUUGCAGAAAAAGACAUUUGGUUAGCUUUAGAUAAAAAUUCACCACUUGCUACCAUUGAGUCAGCACUCGCUUUGUGGGUUGAACAUGCUAUACAUCAUGAACAAGCUCUUACUGGUGAAAUAUUAAAUGUUAAAGCACAUGAAUUUGCAGACAAGAUGAACAUUAAUGACUUCAAAGCUUCUCCUGGGUGGCCAAUAGGUGAAGCUAAUUCUGCACCUUUGGAAAACUUGUCACGUUUUCACAACGAAUUACAACAACUUAUUCAAUUAUAUCCGAUUGAAAACGUUUUCAAUUGUGAUGAAACUGCACUUUUUUAUCAUCUGAAUUCUAUUAAAACGUUAGCGCAUGGUCCUAUAACAGGACGAAAGAAAGCAAAAGAUUGCGUUAUAUUAAUGUUUACAAACCAAUCCAUUUCAAAUAUUCCUCAAACUAAUAUUCGGGAAGCUAUCGAAUUUGUUAGAAUUGCAUGGAAUCAAGUAAGUACCGAGACAAUAACACACGCAUGGCAAAAAAUGGGUAUUAUACCUAAUAAUAUGACUGUUGAAAAUGAAGAAGAUGUUGUUUCAUCAACAAAUAUGGAGCUAAUUGAACUUUCUUAUUGA